AUCAAGAUCUUGUUGACAGUCCUCCUACACACAUUGACACAUAGGUAUAUUGCACUCCAAUUCUGGAACAACUGAAAUUAACAGCAAAUGCCACAUGUUGCAUCCCGGAUGCAUGUUGUCCUCGACGACAUGCAUGUUUUAGUGACAACAACACUAUGAUGACCUCUAUGUGUAGCUUUCAGGCGACCAUAUCUGUUUCGGGCAAAACAUCUGGCCAUAACGCACCGAACAGCCGCCACGCACAUACGUACUCAGUACUCUCUUUAUAUACUGCAUAAUCUCGAUCUCUCAAACUACAUUUCUCAGUUAAAAGCUAGAGAGAGACUAUGGUGUCAUCUACAGACAACCAAUACACCAAGAAAGCCUUUGGAUGGGCUGCUAGAGAUUCAACUGGCCAUCUCUCUCCCUUCGAUUUCUCAAGGAGAAAAACGGAAGAGAAGGACGUGACUUUUAAAGUGUUAUACUGUGGCAUAUGCCAUUCCGACAUUCACAUGAUCAAGAAUGAAUGGGGGUUUUCAACCUACCCUCUCGUUCCCGGACAUGGGAUUGUUGGUGUAGUGACUGAGGUAGGUCCAAGAGUACAGAAGUUUAAAGUUGGAGACAAAAUCGGAGUUGGUUUCAUGGUGGCAUCUUGCCGAUCUUGUGAUAAUUGUGCCAACAAUCUCGAGAAUUAUUGCCCGAGAUGGAUACUUACUUCCGGUGGAAAGUGCCAUGAUGGAACCCCGGCAUAUGGAGGUUACUCCAACAUCAUGGUAGCCGAUGAGCACUUUGUAAUUCGUGUACCGGAGAACCCACCUCUUGAAGUUGCUGCUCCUCUCCUAUGUGCUGGGAUUACAAUAUACAGUCCCUUGAAGUAUUUUGGACUUGAUAAACCCAGCAUGCAUGUGCGUGUUGUGGUUGGUCUAGGUGGUCUAGGCCACGUCGCGGUGAAGUUUGCCAAGGCUAUGGGGCUCAAGGUUACGGUAAUUAGUACCUCCCCUAAUAAGAGAGAAGAAGCUCUUACACGUUUAGGAGCUGAUUCAUUUUUGGUCAGCCAUGAUCAAAGUGAAAUGCAGGCUGCCAUGGGCAAACUGGAUGGUAUCGUUGACACGGUUUCGGCUGCUCAUCCUCUCGUUCCUUUGAUCCGUUUGCUAAAGACGGAUGGGAAGCUUGUAAUAGUCGGUGCACCGGAGAAGGCUCUUGAGCUUCCAGUUUUUCCUCUGCUAAUGGGAAGGAAGGUGGUAGCUGGUAGCAAAAUUGGAGGUAUGAAGGAGACACAAGAGAUGAUUGAUUUUGCAGCAAAUAAGCACAAGUUGUCAAUGGUGAAGCACACCCUCCUUGACAAAUCUAUAGAUUGCAAUGCAGCUGUGGUAUUAUUGAUAGAAAAGAAAUAUUUAGCAAAAUAGAAAAGCUCUAUCAGCCGAGCCAUCCAGUUUAUGGGGAUACCUGCAGAAAGAAAAGUACACUGGAAAUGGAUAAAAUGUGCAUAGGACAGAGAACAAGAAACGCAUGUGUCAUUAAGUGAUCCUGCGUGGAGUAUCUACCUAACAGAAACCUUUUUUUGAUACAUAGAAACUUUGCAGUUUGUACCCCAAAAAAAAGAAAGGAAAAAAAAAAAACUUUGCAGUUAAGUUUGAAUUUUGUUUUUCUUCAAUUAAUAGCAGUCCAGUUUGAUAUUAAAUAUUAAGUUAGCUAUUUCAUCGACAAAACACAAGGAAAUUUGUAGUUUAAUGAAGUACUUUCUAGGCUUCCCUAACAAGAUCCCUGAAGACCAAUACUUUGGCAGAAGAUCGCAACAGCAGCAUAAAGUGUGAUUAAUUACAGCCAAUCAAACAAUUGGUGACUCCAAGCAGCAGACAAGAUUAUCUAGAUCAAUAUCCAGAUGUCACAUUUGGGAGUCACCAAAACAACACCCAUCCUUAAAAUGAUGAAAUCUUUUAGCGUCCCGAGCAAUUAUUUCUCUCCCAAUAACUCUGGUGAAAAAUUUUAUCCAGGAAUGACAGUCCCCACAAACUUUAAGGUUCUUGAAUAUCCUGAUGAUGGUAUUCUUUUUACUAAUUAAUAGAGCAAAGGCAAUGGCUAGCUUUUCGCUGUGAUAGUACAAUGACCUCUUCUUCUUCUCCUCAUCCAAAUCCUGUAACACAAAUCUUGUAUCAGGAACCACUAGGCCAAAAAAGCUAACAGACAACGGACCAAAUUCAUUGUGUGAUUUGGACGAUCUCUGUUGUGUGAUGAAAAAUGGCACAAUGGUGGAAACCCGUUGUGUGAAUCACAAACAGUCAACACUUAUUUGAUAAAACUAUUGUGCCUUCUCUCAGCAGAUGGCAGCCAAAGUUGCCGUGCAGACAUGGUGCACAUGUCGUUGGCAUCAUUCACACAACGAAAGUUGUUUCCGAUACGUUGUAUGAAAGGCGAAUCAGAC